GCCACAGCUCCUUUGACAGUCCCUUCCCACCACCAUGCUGCUACCAUUUCGCCGCACCCAUCUCUUCCGGACCCUUGCCCACACAGCCGCCCUUCCUUCAUCUCCGGCAGCAAUAGGUGCAGCCAUCAGUCCAAGCCACCAGCGCCGCUACCAUGCACCACCGCCCUCCAUCUCCACUGCCAGCCUGCACCAUGCAUCACUGCUCCUCCGCGAGCACCACCACGCCCCACUGUUACGCCGUCACACCACCACCUCCAUUAUUCUCAGAUCAGCCGCGCCACAGGCCACCCAUCCGCCGUCGCCGCUGCCGCACCGACCAUGCCCUCAUUGUUGCUCAUCUCCUUGCCGCCAGUUGACAUCCUCACGGAUCUGUCGCCCCUUCACCAAGUCGUCCGUACUGCCACCUCGGGAGACUAUCAUCCCACGUGUCACAACCAGUCACGAAACUAAACUUCCAGUUUAUACCACGGCACCACUGUCCAUGGGUUCAUCACCACCACAGUGCCAGGGGGUGAAAGGCCGGAGGACGAUGGCCACUUAUCAACCGUUGGAAGAUAAGGUGGCCGGUGAGAGUCAGACUAGGGGGAAGCCCAUUCGAUGCAGAGCUGCGGUUAGCAGAAAAGCAGGGGAGCCGCUGGUGAUGGAGGAGGUGAUGGUAGCUCCGCCGAUGGCUGGUGAAGUUCGGAUUCGGAUCAUCUGCACUUCGCUUUGCCACAGCGACCUCACCUACUGGAAACUGAAGGAACCUCCAGCAUGCUUUCCGAGAAUUCUGGGCCAUGAAGCCGUCGGGGUUGUGGAGAGUGUGGGGGAGAAUGUAACUGAAGUAGCUGAAGGAGAUACUGUGCUCCCAAUAUUCAUUCCAGAUUGCGGAGAAUGCAUAGAUUGCAGAUCGGAGAAGAGCAACCUAUGCUCAAAAUUCCCAUUCGAAAUCUCCCCUUGGUUGCCCAGACACAAGAGCAGCAGAUUUACAGACCUUAAAGGAGAGGUUCUCUACCAUUUUCUAAAUGUCUCCAGUUUCAGUGAGUACACAGUUGUGGACAUCGACAACAUUACAAAAAUUAGCCCUGCAAUCCCACCAAACAAAGCAUGCCUCUUCAGUUGUGGAGUAUCCACUGGGGUUGGUGCUGCAUGGAGAACGGCAAACGUGGAAAAGGGGUCCACUGUUGUUAUAUUUGGGCUAGGAGCAAUUGGAUUGGCGGUUGCCGAGGGAGCAAGACUGUGUGGAGCUUCUAGAAUUAUUGGUGUGGAUACCAACCUAGAGAAAUUUGACGUUGCAAAGAAAUUUGGAGUGACAGAGUUUGUCAACCCUAGAAACUGUGGGGAUAAGCCAGUGAGCCAGGUGAUUGGAGAGAUGACUGAUGGAGGGGCAGACUACUGCUUUGAAUGCGUUGGCUUCGCAUCCUUGGUGCAAGACGCAUUUGCUUCCUGCCGAAAGGGUUGGGGGAAGGCGAUCAUGGUAGGAGUGGACAAGCCUGGUGCGAUGCUAAACUUUAGUUCUGUUGAGAUGCUUCAUUAUGGAAAAAGUGUAAUGGGAAGUAUAUAUGGAGGUCUCAAACCCAAAUCUCAUAUUCCAGUUCUUUUACAACGCCUGGUGGACAAGGAAUUAAACGUGGAUAACUUUAUCACACAUGAGAUGAAGUUUGAAGACAUCAAUAAGGCUUUUGAUUUACUCGCCAAAGGAAAGAGUAUUCGAUGUGUGAUGUGGAUGGACAAAUAAAUAAGAACAUCCCAUGAAAAUUGUC